AUGAGUACAUCAACCAAAGCUUGGAUAGUGGCAUCAAGAAUAGGCGCAGUGGAGGCCUUGAAAGACCAAUUAGGUGUAUGCAGAUGGAACUAUGCCUUAAGGUCACUACAACAACAUGCAAAGAACAACAUCAGAUCUUAUAGUCAAGCUAGGAAAUUGUCCUCUGCAUCCUCUGUUGCGGUUUCCAACAGAAUACUCAACAAAAGAAAGGAAAUGUGA